UUUAAUUAAUUAAUUAUUUAUUUAUUAUUAAGAAGUGCGUUUUUCUGUGUUUUUGAAUUUCACCACAGUGUUGUUUUGUAUUUUUUUCUGUAUAUUAUUGUAUCUUUUUUAAUUGUGCGCGGUUUACAACCACCCGCCGUUUGGAUACAACACAUUUUCUGAUUCUACACACAUUGACCGGAUCUAUUAUCUGAACACGAAAAUGUACUUAAAAGAAAAAUGGAAACGAAUCUCCGUGAGCAGACAAUGAACCACAACGGAAGUGGAACAUCGCAUAAGGUAUCGAAGAAGCGUGGGUCUGCGACUCAGUAAUAAUCAACCUGGCUUUUGUGAAGCCCACACUACCCGAUCCACCACUGUCAGCUGGUGUAGUGGUUGCUGGCAGGACAUCGGUCAUCUCAGGUUCAGGUAUGCCUUUCAUGGACGAUGUGUUACUCUGGUGUCCAGAGGCCGAGACGAAAAUUGACGAUUUUACCGAAUGUCUUGGUAACGAGGUUUCCAGUCUCGGCGAACUACUCCAAUCGGAAAUAUCCAGUGAAUUAGACAAUGCUUUGGACGGGGGAGGAGCAAGUAGCCAGGAUGGCGGUGAACACUCUGGCGAUGAUGACAUUUUCAAGCAGCUAUCCGACUCGUCCGCGUUACUUGAACAGUUUUUUGAUUUUGUUAAUUGUGAUAUAAAGGAAGAAAAUAACAACAAUGUUAUGUCAACGGGUAAUAAAAACCAUGCUGCAGUUGCAUUACUUCAAGAACUACAACGCACAAAUGCUGGCAAAAAAUUCAACAUAACCACUGCCAAUCCUUUGCUUGCAGAAAAACUUUUGAAUCCCGUGUCUCAGCUGAAUCCAAGUUUAAACCAAAAUUCAGAUAUGUUCAUCAAUCAAAACAAGUACAUCAAGACAGAACCUUCAAUAAAUGAUACAGGUAAGCAAACCAUCCAACCGUCAUCAUUCCCACCGCCCACCACCACUACUGUCGGUAAUGAAAAGGAUGAGAACAUCGAUUUCCUGGAUCACCUCCGGAUCGCCGGCAACGGCGGUGUAGGAAACCCGGGAGCGGCCGACCAUCUGCCGCCCAGGCAACAGUUGUCAUUUGCCCUGCCGCACGGAUUCCAUCAUGCUGGCUCUCUGCCACCCAGCCCCGCAGAUUCCGGAGUGUCCGACGUGGACAGCAGCAGCAGCGGGCACACGUCCACUGAUACCGAGCUCAGGGCUCGGCUCCAACCGCACCAGUAUCACCACCAAGUUUCUUCUUGCGGUCGUCGUACUAGUCCGGACCCGCCGAGUAUCGCACAAUGUCACCAGCAGCAACAACAGCAGCAACAACAGCAGCAGCAACAACAGGACUUGUUCUCCAGGAUAUAUGGAGUGAACGCUCCGCCACCAGGCGCUUACCAUCAUCCCGGUCCCGCGCCUCCAUCGCCCAAACAUCCGCUUUUCAUGCGAAACAACCAUCCUUAUGGAGGUGGCGUAGCUGGUUACCACCCGUCGGCCAUUGGCGGCUACGGAUCAGCAGUCAGCCCCACAUCCGGCGGCCACUUCGCCAUGCCACCGUGCCCGCCCACGGCCGCGCUUCCGGGCACCGUGGUCGGUCGUGGGUCUGUCAUCCAGGCGGCCGCGGCCAACUGUUACCAGCCCAACGGCGCCGGGGCGGCCAACCUCAAUGACCUAUACUACAUGGACUUUGGCGCCCCAACCGCGGCUGCGGCCAUGUACCACCAGAAGGCAGUCGGAAACAAGAGUGGCAGCAACAAGAAGCCCAAGAAGUACGGCAGCGUCGGACGGCCGUCCGCUGCCGGUUCCCCCGGAGCCAUCCAACAGCAGUCCUGUCCGGCCACGGGACCCAAGCGGAAGAGCCGAGAAGGUUCCACGACGUACCUGUGGGAGUUUUUGCUGAAACUGUUGCAAAACUCCGAUUACUGCCCGAGGUUCAUCAAGUGGUUGAACCGGGAAAAGGGCGUUUUCAAGUUGGUCGACUCCAAAGCGGUGUCCAAACUUUGGGGAGAACACAAGAACAAACCCGACAUGAACUAUGAGACGAUGGGACGUGCUCUCAGGUAUUAUUACCAGAGGGGAAUCCUGGCCAAAGUAGACGGCCAAAGGCUGGUGUACCAGUUUGUCGACGUUCCCAAAGACAUCGUCGAAAUCGAUUGUUCCGGCGCAUGAGGAUUAUGUAAACCCAAAAACGACCAAAGACCUCAUGAUAAUAAUAUAUAAAUAUAUUGUCAUCUUCAUCAUCGCAGUUGCUAUAUUAUAAUUUAUUCUUUCUGCCUUGGUUGCAGAAUCAUCGUCGUCAGUCCGUCGUCAUAUUAUUAUUAUUAUUUUUAUUAUUAAUAUUAUUAUCAUUACUAUACGUAGGUCAAAUUCAACCUGCGUAUGGUGUGUAUAACACGUAUAUAAGAUGAAUGUAUGUGCGUGCGUGUGUUAUUAUAUAUUGUUAGUAUAUAGAAUACUGCACUAUUCGAGUUCAAACUCGUCCGCCGUGUAAAUAUCGCGCAAAAACUUGUGUUUCUUUUUUUUCGUAUUAUAUUUUUUUUCUCCUGAACGUGUACUGCCGCCAUCGUUGCUGCUACCGUUUGAACAAUGUAUAAUAUUAUAAUAAUAUAUUUUGAUGUACUCCCUGCUGGUUGUUGUAGCUGAUGCUGCUGCAACCGUCGUCUGUGUGCAUGUGUAUGUGUGUGUGUGUGUGUGUAAAGACUGACAAUAAUUAACCGAGAAGAUAUUAUGAUAUAAUAUACUAAAAAAAAUAAUAUAUAUAUUAUAUUUAAUAACAUUAAAAAAAAAAAAAUAAAAAAAAAAACAGAAAUAUAUAUA